UAAGAAUGUUAAAGAAAAUGGAUAUCAUGAUCUAGCUGUAAGUUUUUCGACUCUACUAGAUUAUGUAUUAGAUUUUGCAUAGAGAGAAGCCCUAAUGAAAAUAGUUUAUUGCGAAAUUUUUGAAUUUUCGAUUGUGCUUACUUAGAAUCAAGGAUAUCAGAAUUCGCCGUUUUAUAUGAGCGAUCUGAAAACAUACUUUUACUAUAGCGAUAUGUUAAAGUAGAAGCAAUCAAAAAAUCUGAAACUUUUAUACUAAAUUUUUUCUUAAUAAGAUUUGUCUCUAUGCAAAGUUUCAAGUCAAAAUUCGAAAUAGACGUUUUCUGAUGUUAUUAAGGGAGACCAUGAAAUUGGCCUAAUAGAAUUUUAUGAAAAUCGUAAAAUGACCAGUACUUGUACAAAACAGUGAAUGAAACCUGAUAGCCAAAUCAGUAAAAAAAUUUCUCAUACAAGAAACAUUAAAUGUAUUGCAAUGGUUUUCAAUAUAUCACUUGUGUUUAACAUAAACCAGCGAUCAGUCGGACAACCUGCUGACCUGUCAAGCAGAGACCAGGCUGACAGCUUUAAUAGAAAUAUACAAACAAGAAGCUGAUAAAACAAUCCCUACGGCGAUAAAGUGCAAAGCACAAUCUAGGUACUAUGACUAAUUGUAGAGAGAUUGUUUUAUUCUAUCGUCUUUGUGUCACAUUUAUUCACCAUUCUUAUACUUAAUCCUUCAGAAAUACAAUAAGGAAGAAGUCCAUCUAUUAUAAAGAAAGAAUAUUGAGAUACAAUUUUUGAACGUUUAUCAAAGAGCAUCGUCCACAGUCUAUGGAAGAAAGAUCUUCAUUUUUAUCUCUAAAAGUCAACACUCCUCUUAGCUAGUGUUUUACAAAAAACCGUUGUAAUAAUAACUAUUCAUUUAUCAUUUGAUUUUCUUAUCAGGAAAGUUGGAUUACAGAUUAUGAGAUGGGUAGUGUUGUGGAAUUUGAAGGUAUUAUCGAUCAAAUUCUAAAAGAUAUCAUGCCACUCUAUGAACAAUUACAUGCAUAUGUUCGAGGACGCCUUUGCUCAAAGUAUCCAAAUCGUUUUGAUUGUAAUGGACCUAUUCCAGCUCAUAUUCUCGGAAAUAUGUGGGCUCAAAUGUGGAAUGAUCGUUUGGAUGAUGUUAUUCCUUAUCCUGAUACUCCACUUGUU